GUUUUGUUGAUAAAACUUAUUCUAUAAAAUUCUACUGAUAAUUCGGUUUCUUUAUAAGCAAAAUUUUAUUCAAUCGAUGCAUAUUGCAUCUACUAACACAAAAUGAAUAAGGUCUUAAUUUGUUUGUACAUUUGUACCAUUAGUUUCGUAAAUGCAAAACCCCAAGGUUCGAUAGAUUUGGAGACACAGCAAAAAAAUAUAGUAUGUUAUUUUGCUAGUUGGACAGUAUACAGGACGGGAAAAGGAACGUUUAACGUAAAUAAUAUCGAUUCAAGUCUUUGUACCCAUAUCAACUUCGCCUUUGUUGGACUUAACGCUGAUGCUACCAUUCAUGUUUUGGAUCCUUGGGAAUCCAGUGAUCCUUCUGGUUUCAAUGGGUUUAAAAACAUAGUGGCCUUAAAAAAAAACAAUCCCAAUUUAAAAGUAUUGCUCAGCAUGGGUGGAUGGAAUGAAGGAUCUGCUAUAUACUCAGACGUUGCUUCUGAUCCAGUAAGAAGAAGAAAACUCGCCGAAAACGUUUUGCAAUUUCUUCAACAAUGGGGUUUUGAUGGAUUCGACAUUGAUUGGGAAUACCCUGGAUAUAGGGGUGGAAAUAUAAUUAUUGAUAGGGAUGAUUUUACUGAACUUUUGAGGGAUUUAAGCUCCACUCUCAAACCAAAUGGCUACCUAUUGACUGCCGCUGUAAGUGGAUCAGUUGAUAAAAUAGAUACUGCGUAUGACGUAAAAGGAAUUAAUGAAAUACUGGAUAUGAUUAACGUAAUGGUUUACGACUACCACGGGCAGGAUUAUGAAAUGUUUGUGGGUCAUGUAUCACCAUUAUAUGCCUCUUCGUUAGAUUUACAACAUGACAAAAAUGCAACUAGCAAUGUGAAAAGUGGAAUGGAAUAUUGGAUUUCCCAUGGCGGGGUUGCUGCAAAACUUAAUCUUGGUAUUGUAACUUAUGGAAGGACGUUCACUUUAGCUGAUCCUACAAAUUAUUCGUUAUAUGCUCCCACUGUAGGCGGAGGAUUAGUUGGACCAUAUACUCAACAAAUUGGUAUACUAGGAUACAAUGAGAUUUGUGAAUACCAUCUACGUACAAACUAUUAUUGGGACGAUGAGCAGAAAGUACCACACAGAGUUUGGGGCAAUCAGUGGGUUGGAUUUGAAGACAAACGGUCCAUAGAAUUUAAAACUAAGUUUGCUAUUGAUCAUCAAUUGGGAGGAGUGAUGGUGUGGUCUUUGGAUACUGACGAUUUUAGAAAUACAUGUAGAGGUGGCGCAUAUCCUUUAUUAAAUGCUGUUAAAAAAGGAUUGUACGCACUUUCAUAAUAAACUUAGUGUUUUAUAGGGAAAUAUUAGUUAAAUAAAUUAUAUAAUUAUAUAUUUUUUGUACUUUUAUAUUAUUUAAUAAAUUUAUAAAAUUU